UCUUAGGGGCUUGGAUAGGUAUCAUGGUAUCUAGUACGGCCGGUACGCGACGAGGCUUACAUACGGCUGGACUUUGUGUGUGUGUGGCUGUAGGUAGGUUAGGUGCCGAGAUCGGUAUCUGGUGGCCACCCUGCCUUACCAUUUCUGCCUGUGCAACACACCAUAACACUUAUAAUGCAGCCUCAUCUUCAAACCCUGCAUUCUUCCACCCUGUUUUGCCUUUGGCCACCUGCCUGCCUGCCUGCCUGCUUACAUAUAGGUAGGUAUGUACGUGGCAUGGCAUACACCCAUGUACAUUGUAGACACGGCAACCUAUCAGACAUGAUAAUCGCAGGCAUUGUCUCUGUUGAACUUCAGCGUUGGGAAGUAGUUGCUCAGCCAGAAGAGUACCUUUCACCGCUUCAACCAGUACAUCUUGCGAUAUGUCGGACUACUUCCCCAGCAUGCCAGUCACACUUGACAACCUCGACUCCCUUGAGUACCCCCCAUCUUGGGCGUACAACUACGACAAGGACCACUCGGACAACAUCUUUUCAGCCAACCAGGGAGACCAGAGCCCUGCCAUCUAUCCCGACACCUCCUCGUCACUGCAGAUGUCGCCCGACGCUACGGCAGCCCCCGGCGGAUUGUGAGGCCUUAUUUUUUUUUGAGCUUUGCUAACAAUUAAGGUGGCGAGAUACCAAAAAAUUUUCGGAAAAACAGCGCGGAGAGUCCCAGUAAAUGGAGACCUGGCUGUCAACAUUACACAAGAUGGAAGCCAAUCUGACCAUUGCCCAAUUCAAGAUCCCUUGCCAAACACGUGCGCCGAAUGCAAGAGGUCAUUUCCAACGAGAAAAGAACUCAAGUGCCAUGCUGAGUCAUGGAACCACACAAAGUUUGUGUUUAAGUGCUCAUGUGGUAACACAUUUGCACGUAGUGACGCUCUGAACCGACAUUGCAAAACCCU